AAGUAACAGAUUCUGAGCUUAUUCAAUUUAAUCUUUCAGAGACUGACGUAGAUUGCAUGUCAGAGGAGGAAACCGCAAACCAAGUAGUACAGGAAGAUUUGAUAACUUUAAAGGAGGACGAUAGUAAACCGCCAGAGAUAACCCCUUAUUUGAUUUUUAGUGAAUCUAGUUAUACUUCCGGAGGAGGAAGUAGCAAAAUAAUUGUUAAAGAAGAGUCAACCGAGAAUCACCAAGAGGAGGAUAUAGAGGGUAAGCAAGAAACUACAGAGGAGGAAAACGAAGAUACCGACUCAAACUCUACAGCUUCAGACCAAGAGGAAGGGGACGAGACAACAGAAAGUCUAGCGAAGAAAUUAACCGAAUUUGAAAACAAAACAAAUCAGGAACCUGUUGAACCAUACGAAACUAACUCGGACCAAGAAUCGGACACAUUAUACGUGCGACACACAUCAAGCAGUGAAGAAGCAAGUCCAGAAAAGAAAAAUAAAGAAAAGGAGAUAAUCCCAAAAAUAGACCCAGAAGAGUCAGGCAGAGAAAUUCAAAUACCAAGUCCAACAGAAUCAAGCAAAAUGAGCACCAUGACGGCAAUGGAUGCAACUCAGACAACUGGUA